AUGCUGGGUGUCAGGGAAAUAGAUAAGCAUGAGAAAUAUUUGGGUUUACCUACAAUUAUCGGGAAAUCAAAGAAGACUAUUUUUGGGGGAGUUUGUGAUAGAAUUCGGAAGAAACUCAGUUGCUGGAAGGAUAAACUUCUCUCAAAACCUGGUAAAGAAGUGCUUCUGAAGGCGGUCAUUCAGGCAAUCCCUACAUAUAUAAUGAGCCUCUUCCGGAUUCCAGACUACAUUAUAGAGGAAAUUCAUAAACUGAUGAGCAGGUUCUGGUGGGGGUCGUCGGAAGUGAAGCGCAAAAUUCAUUGGCAGGGGGUUACGGUCCUAGUUAUCUGUGGAGGAGUUGGUGGGGGAGCCAAGGGAAUUCUUCGGGAUGGAAUAGGAUGGCAGAAUGGUGAUGGCAGGAGGGUAAGGGUUUGGAAGGACCCCUGGCUGUUUCGGGAUGGGGUUGGAGUGAUCCCACAAAGGGGGAGUCAAGAUGGGAAUGAAGAGCUCACAAUGGCAGAUUUAAUGGGGGAUAUCCCAGGAAAAUGGAAUGAGCAAAAAGUGAGAGAUGUUCUAGGUGUUGUUGAUGUUGAGCUAGCUCUUGCUUUACCUCUUCCUUUCACGAGUGAUGAGGACAGAGCUUAUUGGCGUCUUACUAGAAAUGGCCAAUUCACAAUUAAAUCAUGCUACUAG